AUGGAUUACAGGGCUAUACCGCUGCCUACGUCCAACAAACUAGUUCUCCAGGACAUUAUCAUCUCAAAGAAGGAGCCUGAGCCCUGCGAAUAUGAGAGAGUAUACCGGAUUCUUGUCGACGACGACGGACCUAUUAUUGCCCUUCUUGAAAGGUCCUCUCGAAACCAUAAUUUUCGAUCAGCCUUCAUCGCUAGCCCCGACGAAAUGCUACCCAGGCUAUCUCAUUUUCUGAGAUGUCUAAGGAAAAAUCUUCUUCCGCAAAAUACACAACUUGCCAACUCGGUUGGCGGAAUAGGAUAUGCCACUGCCAACAAGCUGAUCAGGAUUCCAGCUGCGUUUACAAAGCAUCUUAUUUUGGUACUUGCUGACGAGCCAGCCGCGAUAUUCGACAUUGGUUCAUCAGGGUAUCAUGAUUUCAUCCUUUGCGUACUAGACCUAUACGUCUCUCUCGCAGGGAUAGCCACCGUCUCCCUCGUUACUUUACGCGAUCUUGUUUCCAAAAUCUUGGAUAUGCCGCGUAGGGUGCGUAUCAUUGAAAAAAUCGUUUCGGGAACGGCGGGCGCAGCCCUUCUCACGGAGUUAUUGGCAAAAGACUCGCUGGUCCGGCAAGUUUUCAGAGACGGAAGCUUAAGACUCUUUGGGGGUCGAUUGGCGGAGUUGGUCAAAGAUUGUAUUGCUUCGCACGGCUCAGGCAUCGAUGACAUAGUGCUGGUCUGGGAAAAAAUUGAAGGGCUUCAGGAGAAUUUAGAGACGCAGGUGCGAAACAUAGAGUCAAGAGUGCGAGUGGCGGCAGUCGGAGAGGUUCCAAUACACUUGAAUGAAGACGAGCAAGAACUUUUGAAUUCAGCUAGAAUAGCAAUUCCAUAUAACAUCACAACCGCAGGACACACGAUACGAGCAUUACUGGAGCGGUAUAGAGGUCAUAUACGCUUGAUUAUUUCGAGCUUUCCAUGUUCAACAUGCCAAGCACGCCUCUCCGGAAUCAUCAGGACGGGAAAUGAAAAUAUUUACAGUUCAGAGUCCCAACGGGGGCUCCCCGAUAUUAAGACGCAAUUGGGCGUCUUUCCUAUAUACCUUUCAGACGCUGCAAUGCGUGAUUUGAAAAGUUCUCGGGUCGAUGGAACUCUAUCAAAAAUCUUGACAACGUUACAGAAGCUAGCAGACGGAAUGUGGGAGUCUGACCCGGAUCUAUCAGUCUCAAAGGGUAAAUCGCAAGGGAAAUUCGAGCCUGUACUUCGUGCUGCGCGGUGGAGUGUUGACGGCUAUGUUAUUUGGGAGAGGGGAGUCGGAAGGACUGAGGAAAACUCCGGGGAGUGGAUCCAAAUUGUCAAGGUUAUUCGGAUAGGUUCAAAGAAUGACGUGAAGAAGGUGGAGUCCGAUGCCCGUAAAGCUCAGCGCACUUAUACCAAAGAAUAUAAACAGGCUGCUACGAUACGUAUUCCAAAUUCUGCACGGCCAGGCAGCUUGAUUCCGCAAACUUUCACAGGGGAAAAUGCGGUUGGGCUUGAGGUGAAUAAUGCAGUUCUGUUUGGAUCGUCUCCCUCGAAAGCACUACCGCCCGCCGACGCAUUGAUACUUCACAAAAUCUUUUGCACAGGUAAACAAUAUUGUCUUACCAAAAGAGUUGCUGAGAUGAUACUGCAGGGUGGCCAUCAGGCAGAAGUUCCUUUUGUAGUUUCGCCUGAAGAAGAGUCUAUCAUUAAUUACUUCGAUUCGUCUGUCUGCAUACUUGGGAGAAGUGGAACGGGUAAAACAACCUGCCUUGUCUUUAGACUAUUGUCAACGUACAUCCGCGACCGCUUGACGAAUGAUAGUAAAGAAGUUCGGCAAAUAUUUCUUACACGCUCACCAGUUCUGGCGGGGAAAAUCCGACAAUACGUAAACCGUUUGAUUAAUAGUCAUUGCAUGAGAUUUGCCGUUCAAAGCGGGAUUACGGAAGCAGGCGACUUUUCUAGGAUUAUUGACGACGAAGAAAUGGGCACCACUGGCUUGAUUGAUGUUGAUAAUAAGAGCUGGCCGAUGGUUUGCACAUAUGAUUCUUUUGCUACAAUGUUGGAACAGAGCCUAAAAUUUGCGCAACGGAAUGUUUUUUCCUCCACUUCGGAGGAAUCGCGGCUAGAAGUCGCUAAUCGGCGGGUCGAUUUCGGAAAGUUUAAGAGAUCCUACUGGCCGAGCUUUCCAUCAUCUGCAAAGAGAGGCCUGUCUGCGGAUGGGGUGUUUUCAGAAAUCAUCGGAGUGAUCAAAGUGAAUUCAUCCGCGUCGAACUAUCUACCUUUAUCAAAAGAGGAGUACCAAAGCCUUUCACGUAGAGCUGCACCCAACUUCCAUCAAGGUAAAGAACGGGAGGCUGUUUAUGUGCUUUACGAAAUCUAUGAAAAAAGGAAAACGUCUUUCGGCGAGUGGGACGAUUUGGAUCGAACGUCGAAAAUACAGAGACUGUUGGCGCAAGAUGAGAAGCUCUCAUCUCGACUUCGAUCGCAGAUAACAGAGGUUUUCGUAGACGAGGUACAAGAUCAGAGGCUGGCGGAGAUUGAAUUGCUCCUAGACUUGGUGAACGAUACUAAGGCCUUCGCUUUUGCGGGCGACACUGCUCAGUGUAUAUCAAGGGACUCGUGCUUCCGCUUCCAGGAUUUACAGAGCGUUUUUUUCCGAAAGUAUGAACGCCUCGGAAUGUUAGCCAACCAAAAGGAUUUGGCAAAACUAAAUCGAUUCACUUUAAGCAAGAACUAUCGCACCCAUAAUGGGAUUCUAAAACUGGCAGCGAAGGUGGUUGAUAACCUAUCUACCGCCUUUCCCUAUGCCAUCGACAAAUUCUCUCCCGAACUUGGAGAUUUUGAUGGUCCGGCACCCAUUAUCUUCAGUGGGUUCACUUCGGAGAUAUUCACUCCUCGGGAAGGAGAGAGCAACGCGACAAUAUCGGAAUUUGGCGCGGAGCAAGUGCUGAUAGUUCGAGAUGAGGAAGCAAAAGAUACGCUCAUGGGCACUAUGGGUGAUAAGGUUCUGAUUCUAACAAUACUAGAGUCCAAAGGGAUGGAGUUCCAGGACGUCUUCUUGUUCGAUUUCUUCAGUGGCUCGUUUUGUACUACGGCAUUCAGAGCUUUGUCGAACUCUCAGACGACUGGUGCACAUCUUGAUGACGCUAGGUACCCAGAAUUAUGCAUCGAACUAAAGAAUCUAUAUGUUGCUAUUACGCGAUCUAGGGAAGUGCUUUAUAUAAUCGAAAGCGAUGUGACUGCGGUACAGCCACUACAAGAAAUGUGGGGAAAUGGUUCCGGAGAUCCUGUUGUCGAUUUGGUGACAUCGGAUGAUCCCACUCUUCAAACUCGUUUGGACGAAAUCCGACAUGGGCAGUCGCAACCAGACGAGUGGAAGGAAAAGGGCGAUGAGUUUGUCAACCAAAGGAUGUACGAGCAGGCGAUGUACUGCUAUAAAAGGGCGGGUAAUGUCAUUCUUGCAGAUAUGUGCAAAGCUUUGAUAGAAGAAAGGAAUGGCCGUGAUGUCAUCUCCGACCCAAACUCCUUCAAAGUUGCAAGAGAGCAUUACAUCGAAGCAGCUCGUUUAUUCCGCAAAUGUAACAGAAACGACAAAGCAUUAAAGUGCUAUGAGAGUAUUAGGGAUUAUAAGUUGGCUGGUGAACUGUGUGAAGAAUUGUCGAGGAUCCAAGAAUAUGCAAACCAGAACUAUGGCCGCCGUGCGGCCGAUUAUUUCAUGCAGGCUGGUCUGGUGCUGAGAGCGACGGAGCUUUACAAGGAUCUGGGUCUGCAUGAACUUGUGGUUAAAGGUUAUCGGAAGUUAGAUCGAGUCAAAGAUUUGAUACAAUACCUGAAGAAGCACCAGAAGGAGAUAGAUUCAAAACUCUAUCACCAAAACUCCAGGAUUAUCGCAUUGUCCAUAUUUUCAUCGGAAAGCGCUUCAAAUGAUCUCAGGAGGAUGGCAAUAUCACUUUUGAGCAGUCAGGAGCAUGAGCAACUCUACAAGCAAUUCAAAUUUCAUGGAGAAUUAAGCAAAUUACUGAUAUCGCAAUGCCGUCUAGAAGAAGCUAUUGAGCUCGCUUACGCAGAAGGUAAAUGGGAGGAGGUAGGGGAUCUUUUGAACCGGAUUACAUCAACAGCAGCCCGCGACACCGAAUUUUUCACGACCAAUGGCGGAAGGUUCGUUGAGAGGGUCUUGUUUUACGAGCUUUCAGACUCACUGCAGGACUCGCUCCAAAAAGGCAAUAUUAAAUCAGGACCAUUUAAAAGAAAAUUGGCUAGCCAAAAUCUAGUAGCAUAUCAACAAUCUUUAAAGCUAUUUCAAGAGCUUUCAGAAGCCUUGAGCCAAGAUAUAUUCGGUUCACUUGACGCAUCUUCAGGGGUUCCUGGUGGGGUUUCACGAGAUGCCCGUACUUUAGAGGGCCUCAUGAUCCUCAAAGUGCUCGCAUUAAACGGAAAGAAGUACCCAUCGUACUCUUUGAACAAUGGAUUUUUGAUGAUGCAUAUAAUUAGACAAUGUGCAUAUAGGCUUUUGGAUAUGCACAGGAGCCGGGUUUUAGUUGAUGACAGCAUCAUAUUACUUUUUUUCGAGGUGAUUCCCGGCAAUAGCUCAGACGGAUAUAACAUACCUAGAUCUUCUCCCAUAUAUGAAGGUGACGGUUAUAGAGCGCAGAAAGUCACUAGCGAUGAGCUAAUUGACCGUAUUCUCCGAGUUCUUCGCGAAUGGAUAGCAAAAGGGUAUAAGGAGUGUACCCUCCAACUAGAGAAGGAAUACUGGAGGAGCUCGGCGUGCCAGCAUUUUGUCAUCCGGGGGUACUGCUAUCAUCAAGAUUGUACUCAUGGACUACAUAAAGCAGUUUUAGGAGAAAGUGAGAUGAUUAGGACUCUGAAUAUCUCGUGGUCGAUGGCAUUAUUGACAUCGCAUUACGAGUACCUUUCCCGCAAUGGAGCCUUAGGGUGGGAUACGGACCAAACUCAAUGGGAUACCAUCAAAAGACAAGGCCACUUAUGGUGGAAGCGGGUUUUUGAGUGUGUUACUGUCACUUCGGAUCUGCUACAGUCUCCUUUUACAAGAUUGUACCUUGUGGGGAUAAAAUCAAGUGCUCUGAAGAACAUAGUCGACACUGAUAAAUAUCUCCAGAGGGAAGCAAGCACGAUUCUUGGGUGCCUAGACAAAUUCGAGUGGAGACUCAAGGCUAUGAUACGCAACAUGAGCCUUCCUGGUGCAGAAAAGAUUGAUUUCUGGAAUCUUAUAAACUGUUGGGAAAAGAUUGUUUCGUCAAACUUUCGCCGUAGCCAUGAGAAGGAACUUUGGUGGAGCUAUCUCUUGAGAAUAGAGUUGAAUGGUCGCUAUACGAUGCAACUUCUCGAUAGGCUAGAGAACUGUCUUUGGGAUCGAUCGAGAACCAUAUCGGCAAUGAAAGCCUUCGCGAAAAAUUUUAAACGGAACCUUACCAAUUUUACUGAAUUCAAAGAUGCUCACCUUUUUCUCAAUAGAUUAGAUCGUGUGGUAGCAAUUGUGUUGUAUCUGGGAUCGACCAACAAUCUCGUGCUCAAGAAAUCCCAGCUCGAGUAUCUACAGCAUCAUCCCGCGUUAAAUACGAACGGAAACAAAGAAAUCAACCCCGAAAUUACUGCAGCUGCCAAUAAUGUAUUAUACGACAUUGUCGACAUCUACAACGUUAUUUCCGAGAAAGUUCGGUCCUCUCAGAAACCCUUGUGGUACAAAUAUGCCAUGUAUCGCAGAAUCGAAGCGGGAUCUAUCAUCGCUAUGCUUAACUCAAAGACACCGACCGCAAUAACGGGUGCUAGAGAAUUCAUCCGGACAUUCUACACUCAAGCCGGCAAGGAAAAUUUCUGGGUAGUGCGCGGAGGGUUACCAUCUGCGAGCGCCCUGACCCGCCAUGCUGUCAUGAGUAGACCGAAACAUGAUCACCAGUUCUUUGGCUGGAUUCUGAAAAACAUCAACGUUGUACAAAGCGAGGUAGACCCUAUCGUAUACAGCCCCUUGAACCAGAAGCUCCAGCAACCGAAGAUGUUGUCUUCAUUGCCAACGAUGCAAUUCCAAGUACCAAAGAAUACAAACGUUGAAUCAUCUUCGGGGACUGAGGGAACGGUAGAUGAUCAAAGUAUCGAUGACUUCAAAGCGAUAGAAGAAGCCGAUACCAAGACGGCUGAGAAGCUGCAGUUACAGGUCAAGGCAGUGACUCUUAUUCAACGAAAUUGGCGAAUCUGCGGCAUUGCUUUGCGCAACGCACGCUAUGUUGACCAGAAUCCAACACACAAACGCAUUACUAAGAUCUUGGACUCGCCGGAGUUUCCGGGCGCUAAAAGCACACUAUCACAAAAAUGUUUCAGAAUGGUGGCAUUUGUAUUUUUUGAUAUGAUGAUGAAAAUCAGGUCCCAACUCCGGACGAUAACGGCGGGUUUAGAGAAUGUUAGCCGAAGGAACAGCUCAAUGGAGGUCAUGGAAAAGGUGCUGAGUGGAUAUGAGCUCGUCAAUGAUUACGACGAACAGUUAGCGGUCAUUGAAAAGUCGAUCGAGAUGUCAGCUUUAGGAUCGGACUCUCAAAAAAAAUCGAUUGUAGUGCAGCUGGUAAAAAUCAUACGCAAGACCGAAGGCCUGGCACAAACCAUUUCAGCAACCCAAUCGGACUUGGGCGGGUGGAUCCAAGCCCUAAAGCAGCAAAUUUGA